AUGCAUCGGGUUUCGCAAAGUGGCUCACGGCCACCGAAGGCCCCUGGCGAUGAUGGGGAAUUAGGUGGUAUGGGAAGUACCUUCAAGGAGAAGGUUUUGGGUGGUCCGUCGAAACCCAAUAACAUACGUAAUCUCAUAAGUGAGGGAGCCAUGACUCUGGAGUUUGAGGGUGGAGAUCGUUUGUUGCCAAAGUUUAAUAUUGUGCAACCCACUUUUGAGCAGCUAUGCUUACCAUGGAAGGAGUGCCUUGUGAUAAAGAUAUUGGGGAAAAAUAUAGGGUAUCUCACAAUGAGGGAUAGGCUUCACACAUUAUGGAAACUACAAGGUGGUUUUGAACUGAUAGACAUAUCACAAGGAUACUUUAUGGUAAAGUUUGAUCUAGCGGCAGACACGGAAAAAGUCAUGCAGGGCGGGCCAUGGAUGCUUUUCGACCACUAUUUGAUCGUACGACCAUGGUCUCCUGAGUUCGUGGCGGCGGAUGCUAAGGUUGAUAGCACUUUAGUUUGGGUUCGCUUUCCGCGAUUAGGGAUGGUGUUCUAUGAUGAGAGUGUCUUACUUACCAUUGCCUCUGCAAUUGGUAAACCGAUUAAAGUGGACCUUAAUACCUUGAACAUGACGAGGGGACGCUUCGCACGGGUCUGUGUUGAAAUUAGGUUGGAUCAACCUGUUGUUGGGAAAUUCAACCUGAACGGAAUUUGGUACAAUGUCGAAUAUGAAGGUCUUCAUCUGCUAUGUGCUUCAUGUGGGUGCUAUGGACACAUCAUGAGGAAUUUCUCUAGAACUAUACCUACCCAGGAACAACAUUCCCCUAGUGCCCUUGAUGCAACGACGGAAGGUAAUAAGACUUCGAUCAUAGAUGAGGCGGGUCAUGAAGCGAACUCUGUGUUGAAAGAUGGUCUAACUGCAUCUCAAUUUCCAAAAGGCAAUGCACCUGAACCUCAUGGUGACUGGUUGGUGGUUAGACGAAGAAAUAGGAAACAAAACCAUAAAAGACUCUCGUCGAAAAAUCAUGCACCCCACUAUAGGGAGGCUCCAAACUACGUGGCCAAUAAUUUUGAAGGGAUUGUUAACAAUAUGGGCAGACAAAAUAAGACAGAUUCCACUACCAAGGACAGUGGGGCCCAUCAUAAUAAUGAGACUUGUGUAGCUUCAGAUUCACCAGUAACACGGAUGGGACAUGCCAUGCAGUUCCAUGCAACCAAUCAGGCACAAGAGAAUAUGGUGCAACAGAAAGAAAAAAGCGAGGCCGGGUUGAGGAGAUUAAACCUCAACAAGAUACCUCUUGGGUCACUAUGA